AUGGCCACUCAAUCCACCAUCCGCUCGAUCAAGUCGGUCGUCCCUCUCCUCGACCGCGUCCUCGUCCAGCGCUUCAAGCCCGAGACCAAGACCGCCACUGGUAUCUUCCUUCCAUCUUCCGUCGCUUCCUCGCCUCUUCCCGAGGCUAGCGUCAUUGCUACCGGGCCCGGUGCUCCCGACAAGGAUGGCAAGAUCGUCCCCACCUCGGUCAAGUCCGGUGACAAGGUUCUUCUUCCCAGCUGGGGCGGCAACUCGAUCAAGGUCGGUGAGAACGAGUACCUCCUCAUCCGCGACUCGGAGAUCCUUGCCAAGAUCAACGAGUAA